UAUUGUUUAUUAAUUUAAACGCCGCCUCUGAAAUUUUAUUGAUGUUAUAAAAAGUUCUUUCUAUCGUCAGUCAGUGAGUGAAUACAACUUAAAUAUAAUCACUAAAGAUGUCAUAAUUAAGUUUGGUCCACUCAUUUUUAGAUCAUCAACAAGAAGAGAGAUCAAAGAAGAAAACAAAUAAUCUCCAAACACAAAAUGGAUUUGAAGAUUGAAGAUGAGAAAAUAACUUCAAUUAUUUCUCAUGAAGUUAAAGUUGAAGCUCAAUCAAAUGAAGUAUUAGAAGUUGAUUAUAACUUCCAUAAUAUUGCAAAAAAGCCCCACAAGUUUAUAGGUGUUCGAAAACGUCCUUGGGGAAAAUAUGCAGCUGAAAUUAGGGAUUCAACAAGGAAUGGAAUUAGGGUUUGGCUAGGUACGUUUGAUACCGCUGAAGAAGCUGCUUUGGCUUAUGACCAAGCCGCGUUUUGCACAAGAGGUCCUUCAAUUUGCUUGAAUUUUCCAGUGGAAAAAGUGCGCGAUUCGCUAACAAAAAUGGAAUGUAGUUACUUGUUGCAAGAUGGAUUGAUGUCACCAGCUGAAGCCCUAAAAGAAAAACACAAGAAGAGAUCAAGAAAAAUGAAAAAUGUUAAAGAAGAAGAAAAUGUGUUGAUAUUUGAAGAUUUAGGUGCUGAUUUAUUAGAUGAAUUAUUAUCUGAAUACUCUUCAAAAAAGAUUAGAAUUGUAUGCAAGUAUGACAUGUACAAAAUCGAUUGA